GCGCCGGGCCUGCAUUGGCUGCGGCGCGGGGCAGAGGGAGGAGUCUGCAACAAUGAAUGUGCUGAGGACACAUGUUUACAAUGAGACGAGGAAGAAUGGAGCUGCAGACUGAAGUCUGUGGGGCUCAGAGGAAAGUCAGCACACACCGGAGAUAAGUGGUUUCUCAUACCUGCAGGAGGAUUUUCCGUCAUCCUCGAUGUUGUGGGAAUAAGUGAAGCUUCGUUCUUGGGCUUUUUGUAAACCUGCCAAAACUCAGACGUGAGAAGUGUUCACUUAAUAAUGAAGACUAGGAAGUGAAGAGGAGUGAGAUAGAGAGGGCAGCAGAGUGGCGCAGUGUCAUUCUGUAACAGACACAAACAUGCAAAGCAGACAAUAAUUCAUCCCUGCAGCUGAUAAACUGCACCCUCCUCUUCCUCUGCUCUGUAUGGACCACUAAGGGAUGACCAGCGCCCAGCUGCUGGAAACUUCCCCCAAAGAGUCAGCAUUCUCCCACAGGAUGGCUUCUCCUGCCGUCCCCCGCAGUGUUUUGGGGCCCCCUCCGGCCGUCUGGCCCCCUCUGGACUUUGCGCUGGGUGCUCUGGCCUGCUGUGCGGCCUGCGUGUUCACCAAUCCGCUGGAGGUUGUGAAGACGCGUCUGCAGCUUCAGGGGGAGCUCUGCGCUCGGGGGUCCUACCAGAUCCACUACAGGGGGGUCCUGCAGGCCCUCUGGGUGGUGGGCCGCACAGAUGGGCUCCGGGGCCUCCAGAAAGGGCUCUCGGCGGGGCUCAUCUACCAGGCCGUGAUGAACGGAGUGAGGCUGGGCUCUUACUCCUGCUGUGACUCUCUGGGCAUCACUGCGUUUCAUGGAGGCAGCCUGCUGUCAGGGGCCGGGGCCGGGGCCCUGGGGGCCCUCAUCGCCUCUCCUGCCUAUCUGGUGAAGACUCACCUGCAAGCUCAGACUGUGGAUGCAAUCGCUGUUGGCCACCAACACAACCAUCUGGGUGUGUCUGAUGCCUUUGUUACCAUCUAUAGAAGAGACGGUCUGACUGGGCUGUGGAGGGGGGUAAACGGGGCAGUUCCUCGGGUCAUGGUGGGGUCAGCAGCUCAGCUGGCGACCUUCACCUCCGCCAAGGGCUGGGUGUCACAUUCUCAGUGCUUUCGUGCCAACGCUUGGCUAACAGCGCUGAUCGCUGCCUCCAUCAGCGGCGUUGCCGUGGCGAUCACCAUGACUCCGUUCGACGUGAUCAGCACGCGCCUCUACAACCAGCCAGUUGACGAGUUUCGCAAAGGCCGCCUGUACCACGGGUUCACCGACUGUUUGCUCAAGGUGUGCCGAGCCGAGGGCCUGCUGGGGCUGUAUAAAGGCAUGGGCCCCGUGUUCCUGCGGCUGGCCCCGCACACGGUGCUCAGCAUGCUGUUCUGGGACCUGAUGAGGCAACAAGCUGUCAAAGACAAAUAGAGAAAAACUCUGAGCUGAAGGACAGGAGCCUCUGGGACAUGAGAGGGACUGCGUCACCAAGGGACUCUGAAGUUCAUCCAAAACUUGACAUUUCUGCCGCUUUCUGAUUGUUUUCAACCAGCGGCUGCAAGGAGAGAAGCUCAGAAUAUUUGCACAAAUACUGAUGAUCAAACAGAGCCGGUAGCAGAAUGUCCAUUGUUAUUUGUUCCUCUAUGUUCUCAGACUAGCAUCUUUUAGCUUUAGCUGCACGUCUGAUGUGGAAGACGAUCAAACUCUGUACAACACUCAAUCGAGAGUUUAAUGAAGAAUAUAAACCCAUUGAUCAGGUUUUACAAAGAAUGGCUUCUUGCUCACAGAGAAGGUUGAGUGGAAGGAAAAGGUCUGGCUAAAACACAAACUGUUUUUCAUCACAUGCACUCCUGGGUUUGUCAGAUUUUUAUGUGUUUUUCUCUUGGCUUAUUGUUUAUUGUUUGUUUGUUCAUGCAAGAAGAAAGAUCCUGCAAAGCAGAGAAUCUAAUUUCCUUCAAGGUUUUUUCUUUUUAUUAAAGCUUUUUAACACUGGGAACUCCAGACCCUUUAACUUUUGUAAGUAAUCAUAAUAAACAUAUUGUUUUGUAAAUAUUACCAAAAAUGAUACUGCGUUUUGUCUUUGGAAUACACCUGCGAGCAAAAGCAGUUUCAGUAUUGUUCCUUUCAGAUGUGGUUACCCAGAACCUUCAGUCUCUUUCUGGCUCUUUACUGUUCAGGUUUUGAUCGUCAACUAGAAUAGAAAUAGCUUUUAAUGUUCAGGUGCACCAACAGUGAAGUGACAGGCC